AUGCGCGGCGGCCGCGGUUUCGGCGGUCUCCGGAACCCCUGCCUCACGAUGCACCAGCCGUGGGCGUCGCUGCUGGUGCACGGCAUCAAGCGCGUGGAGGGCCGCUCCUGGCCGUCCCCGGUCACUGGCCGCCUCUGGAUCCACGCCGCCUCCAAGGUGCCCGACCCGGACACCGUCGCCGCCAUGGAGGCCUUCUACCGGGAGAUCCAUGCCGUUGAUGGGGUCACCCACAUCGACUUCCCCCACCACUACCCCGUCUCCCGCCUCCUCGGGUGUGUUGAGGUUGUGGGCUGCGUCAGGUCCGAAGAGCUGGUCUGCUGGGAGGACGUGCCUGAAUCAGUCAGGCUGGAAGGCUUGACUGACUUUUGCUGGCUCUGCGAGAAUCCACAGAAAUUGGUGGUUCCGUUUGAGAUGCGUGGCUACCAGGGUGUAUACAAUUUAGAAAAAAAGAUCUUCGAGGGAGCAGUCAGGGGUCUUUUGCCUGUUCAAGGUCCACUGCCGGUCAAGUUCCGGCUUGCAGAUCCCAGAAACCCCUUCUCUCUCAAGCCAGGAUCUCUGAAUUUUGAAUCUUCAAAGUCCACACUAGUCAAAACUCCUAGUGUCUCUGCAGCGAUAGCCGGUGCUCGAGCUGCUGCGAAUCAGUAUUCACGGAAGGAGCAUAAUGCUGCUGUGGCCACUAGCAGUGAGAUCCAGACGAGAAAUAAAUCAAGGGAAAACUGUGCGGAUGACAGUUCAGGAAGUGGUAGUCUGCCUUCGGUUGUCCAGGACACUCCAUCCUAUUCGAUCCGCCAGGAUCCAUCUCCCAUUGUUCAGAACAGUCCAUCCUAUUCACAAAACCAGAAUCCACCCUCCGUCGCCUUGAAGAGUCCGUCCUAUUCGCAAAACCGGAAUCCUCUACCUACUGUCCAGAACAUUGCAUCCUAUUCACAGAACCAAAAUCCUGUAUCCAUUGUCGGUAGCAUUCCAAUAUAUUCGCAAAGCCAGAAUCCUCCGUCCAUUGUCCAUACCAUUCCAUCCUAUCUGCACAACCAAAUUCCUGUGUCCAUUGUCGGCAGCAUUCCAAUCUAUUCGCAAGGCAACAUUCCACCGUACUUGCAAAACCAGAAUUCACUGGGCAAUGUACAGAACAGUUCAUCUUGUUCGCAAAACCAGAAUCCAUCGGCCAAUGUCCAGAACAGUCCGUUCUUUUCGCAUAAUCGGAAUCUGCCGUCCAUUGUGCAGAACAGCCCAUCCUAUUCGCAUAGCCACAACCCAUUGCCUACUGUCCAGAGCCGUCGAUCCUAUUUGCAAAACCAUAAUCCAUCAUUCGCCGUCGAGAACAGCCCAUCAGUUUUGCAUAACCAGAACGCUGAGCCUCGGAGAAGCCCCAGACUACAAAGCGAAAUUUCUAGCAGGCUUGUUGCAGCGGCACUGAGGGAGCUGAAGCAGCCAAGCUUCCGCCAGGGCAGAGAGCGAUGGGUUCCCAAAAGCCAACCUGAAUAA